AUGGUGCACAGCGUAUACAACGCAAACACUGCAACGCUCAACCCACACCGACUGUCGUACUUUCUCAUUAUUCUCGCCAUUGGCGUCUGCGUGGAUCAGCGGCGCAGUCAUCACGUAUGGUCGCAUGAUGCAGAGCGGUUCCAUGAGCUUUCAAGAGCAGCGUUAUGUGAGACCUCGGUCAUUAACAAGCCGAGCAUAGACGCGAUUAACGCGCUGUUCUACAUGUCGCGGUAUCUGACCAUGUUCUUGGUGGAGAAAGAGGCGGUUGAGUACGCAUGGGCGGUCCUGGGCAUUGCAGCUAAGCUGGCUGUUGGUAUCGGUCUUAACCGCUAUAGUAAUCACUCGAAAGUCAUCCCGGAAGAACUAGACAGGCGGAAAACGCUUCUCUGGUGCCUGCUCAAUGUGGACCACCGUCUGGGUUUGAUGCUGCGGCGUCCCCCUUCCAUAUCCUUGCGAUAUGUUGACGUAGAUCCUCCCACUACCAGCGAGUUUCCGCCACAGGGCCCUCGGGAAGUUUACCAACAAUGGCACUACACGUUUGCAGCGCAGUGCUUCUCACCCACCCUCGAGUUCGUCGUGUCGACGACCCCUCCGCCCUACUCGGAAUUUACCUGGACGCACAUGACCCGCGAAGUCGGCAGUGGGUUGACGAUCGGGUAUCUGAAGGUGAUACCGAUGACCGCAAUCACGCGGUGUGGCAAUGGGGAGGCCGAUAUUGACUCUGUGAGCGAUAUGAGUUUACGUCUGUUCGCGUAG